AUGGGUGAGAAGCCAUGUUCCUGUACUGACCCCCCCUUCUUCCCCCUUUUCCCCUCCCCUCCCUAUUCCCCCCUUUUUCUCUCUGGAUCUUCCCUCUGUCCCCUCUCCCCCGUCCAUCCGGCACCACCCAGUAUAGAUGGACCAUCGGAUUCCUCGUAUCCUGAGGACCCUCAGACUGUGCGGGACCGGGCCGUCUUUCCAAAGCACAAGAGUUUUUCCUGUCCUGAGUGCGGGAAGGGAUUCCGAUUUAAAUCUGGUCUUAAUGAGCAUAUAAGAUCUCACACGGGGGAAAAGCCACAUUCCUGUCCUGAGUGCGGGAAAUGUUUUUCAAAGAAGUUUAAUCUUUCCAUACAUCAGAGAUCUCACACGGGGGAAAAACCAUAUCCCUGUCCUGACGAUCUCACACGGGGGAGAAGCCACAUUCCUGUCCUGAGUGUGGGAAAUGUUUCACAAAGAAAUGCACAUCAGAGAUUGCACACAGGAGAGAAGCCAUAUUCCUGUCCUGAGUGUGGGAAAUGUUUUGUAAAAAAUUCAAAACUUGUCAGACAUCAGAGGUCCCACACGGGGGAGAAGCCGUAUUCCUGUCCUGAGUGCGGGAAAUGUUUUUCUCAGAAGUCCCAUCUUUCCAGACAUCAGAAAUUACACACGGGGGAGAAACCAGCUGCCUGUUCUGAGUGA